AUGCCAAAACGUGCACUUGGCAUCGAAAGGUCGUGGGAAGAACUAAAAAAGGAGAUGGGUCGUACCGGUUCUGGCUAUCCAGGCGCCAUCUACUUUAAAACUAUAAGUGUCCAAGGACCUCAAUUAUUUGCUGUAGUCAACCAAAACUUAGUAUUGUAUCAUGAUUGUGGAAAAUGGCAUCGAUACAUUACGGCGUGUGAUAUUAAAUUCGGCACAAUAGAAUCUAGUAAUCCGAAUCCAGAACGUGCUACGAGUACAGAUGCAAUAAAUCACUCAGACAACGGUGAAUCAGAUUGGAUUUUUGUAUCUCGAGAUGAAUAA